CGGCGGCCGAAGGGAGACCCGGGAGUCCCCCUGAAGCGCAAGAUGGCGACGGCGGCUGCAACCUCGGCUUCGGAACCCGAGGCUGAGCCCGAGGCUGGGCCCAAGAUCGAGGGAGAGGAGGAAGACGGGGAAGAGGAGGAGGCGGCGGCCAAGGCGGCGAGGACGAGGAGGAAGGUGUUGUCGCGGGCCAUGGCCGCCGCGACGUGCAAGAGCAUCGGGCCAGAGUGGGAUCGGCAGGAGGAAGGCGUGAGCGAGAGUGAUGGGGACGACGAGUACGCCAUGGCUUCGUCGGCGGAGAGCUCCCCCGGGGAGUACGAGUGGGAGUGCGACGAAGAGGAGGAGAAGAACCAGCUGGAGAUCGAGCGGCUGGAGGAGCAGCUGUCAAUCAACGUCUACGACUAUAACUGCCACGUGGAUCUCAUCCGGCUGCUGCGGCUGGAGGGGGAGCUGAGCAGAGUGAGGACGGCCCGCCAGAAGAUGAGCGAGAUCUUCCCCCUGACUGAAGAGCUCUGGCUGGAGUGGCUGCAUGACGAGAUCAACAUGGCCCUGGACGGCCUGGACCGAGAGCAUGUGUACGACCUCUUCGAGAAGGCCGUGAAGGAUUACAUGUGUCCCAACAUUUGGCUAGAGUAUGGCCAGUACUCAGUUGGUGGCAUCGGUCAGAAAGGUGGCCUUGAGAAAGUGCGCUCCGUGUUUGAAAGGGCGCUCUCGUCCGUCGGCUUGCAUGUGACCAAAGGGCUCGCGGUGUGGGAAGCCUACCGGGAGUUUGAGAAUGCGAUCGUGGAAGCUGCCCGGCCCGUGACUGGCUUCCUUUCCCCUUCUGACCGGGAACAAACCUUUGAUUCACAGCUUGAAAAAGUCCACAGUCUCUUCCGGCGACAGCUGGCGAUCCCACUCUAUGACAUGGAGGCCACCUUUGCAGAGUAUGAGGAGUGGUCGGAAGACCCCAUCCCGGAGUCGGUGGUUCAGAGCUAUCGCAAAGCUCUGCAGCAGUUGGAGAAAUACAAGCCCUACGAGGAGGCGCUGCUGCAAGCAGAGGCGCCGAGACUGGCAGAAUAUCAAGCGUACAUCGACUUUGAGAUGAAAAUUGGUGAUCCUGCUCGGAUUCAGUUGAUCUUUGAGCGUGCCCUGGUUGAAAACUGCCUCGUCCCAGACUUAUGGAUCCGUUACAGUCAGUACCUAGACCGGCAACUGAAGGUGAAGGAUUUGGUUUUGUCUGUACAUAGCCGUGCUGUCAGAAACUGCCCUUGGACUGUUGCCCUGUGGACUCGGUACCUCUUGGCCAUGGAGAGACACGGAGUUGAUCAUCAAGUGAUUUCUGUGACCUUCGAGAAAGCUUUGAAUGCCGGCUUCAUCCAGGCCACUGAUUAUGUGGAGAUAUGGCAGGCCUACCUUGACUACCUGAGGCGGAGGGUUGAUUUCAAGCAAGACUCCAGUAAAGAGCUGGAAGAGCUGCGCUCCACCUUCUCCCGGGCCUUGGAGCAUCUGCAGCAGGAGGUGGAAGAGCGUUUCAAUGAAAGUGGAGAUCCAAGCUGCAUGAUUAUGCAGAACUGGGCCAGGAUUGAGGCUCGACUGUGCAAUAACAUGCAGAAAGCUCGGGAACUCUGGGAUAGCAUCAUGACCAAAGGAAAUGCCAAGUAUGCCAACAUGUGGCUUGAAUACUACAACCUAGAAAGGGCGCACGGGGACACCCAGCACUGCCGGAAGGCUCUGCACCGGGCCGUUCAGUGCACCAGCGACUACCCCGAGCACGUCUGUGACGUGCUGCUCACCAUGGAGAGAACAGAAGGUACUCUGGAAGACUGGGAUAUAGCUGUCCAGAAAACCGAGACCCGAUUGGCGCGUGUGAAUGAGCAGAGGAUGAAGGCUGCAGAGAAGGAAGCAGCCCUCGCCCAGCAGGAAGAGGAAAAGGCGGAACAGCGGAAGAAGGCCCGGGCUGAGAAGAAGGCGCUGAAGAAGAAGAAGAAGGCCAGAGGUGGCGACAAACGGCACGCCGAGGAGGAUGACGAGAAGGAGUGGGGUGAUGAGGACGAAGAGCAGCCUGCCAAGCGCAGGAAGGUGGAGAACAGCACCCCCUUGACCAGCGCCAUACAGGAUGGAGCCCAGGAAGCAGAGGCGGCUGGGACGCCUGUCGACGUUGACCCCCCUUCCAAGCAGAAGGAGAAGGCUGCCUCCCUGAAGAGGGACAUGCCCAAGGUGCUCCACGACAGCAGCAAGGACAGUGUCACCGUCUUUGUCAGCAACCUGCCCUACAGCCUGGGGGAGCCUGACGAGAAGCUCAGGCCACUUUUUGAGGCCUGCGGGGAGGUGGCUGAGAUCCGCCCCAUCUUCAGCAACCGCGGGGACUUCCGGGGCUACUGCUACGUGGAGUUCAAAGAAGAGAAAGCUGCCCUGCAGGCACUGGAGUUGGACCGGAAGAGUGUGGAAGGGAGGCCAAUGUUUGUUUCCCCCUGUGUGGAUAAGAGCAAAAACCCCAAUUUUAAGGUGUUCAGGUACAGCACCGCCCUGGAGAAACACAAGCUGUUCAUCUCGGGCCUGCCUUUCUCCUGCACUAAAGAGGAGCUGGAGGACAUCUGCAAGGCUCACGGCACUGUCAAGGACCUCAGGCUGGUCACCAACCGCGCUGGCAAACCCAAGGGCCUGGCCUAUGUGGAGUAUGAAAACGAAUCCCAGGCAUCGCAGGCUGUGAUGAAGAUGGACGGCAUGACCAUCAGAGAGAACGUCAUCAAAGUGGCGAUCAGCAACCCCCCUCAAAGGAAGGCUCCAGAGAAGCCGGAGGCCAGGAAAGCGCCGGGUGGCUCCCUGGUGCCGCGGCAGAUAUACGGAGCGCGGGGGAAGGGCAGGACCCAGCUCUCUCUGCUGCCCCGAGCCCUGCAACGCCCAAGUGCUGCUGCUUCUCAGGCCGAGAACGGCCCUGGCCCACGUCCAGCUGCUGCCACCUCCGAGGCCACAGAGGCACCCAAGAUGUCCAAUGCUGAUUUUGCCAAGUUGCUUCUCAGAAAGUGAAUGGGACACUGCAACGGACAGGAAAGCCCUUUUCACUGGCCAGGCAGACCGUCUGCCAUCCAGUGACACCCUGCGAGUGGAAGCGCCUGGCCCAGCGUCCACCCAGGACCACAGGGCCUCCUCUGGCUGGGGCCCAAGGGGAAGGUGUUGUGCUCCCUCACAUUGAGGGCGACAGCAGAAGCGUGGUCUCCGCAGCGUGACCUGGGACAUGGGUGUCUUCCAGGGCGAGGAGCAGGUGCACCCAGAGCAGCUCGGAGACCCACUUGUCGAAACGCUCUGGCCCUUUUUCUAAAGACACUUCUCUCAUACCCCGCACAGCGUAUGUGCCCGUCACUCUUUUAAUUUUUAAAAGGUGUAAUGGCAGAUGCUAGUAAUUCACCAGAACAGCCUAUUUUAGUAACGGGUGGGAGUAGGGGAGGUCACGUAAAACAUUAGAUGAAGCUUUGUUCAAGGGCGCUGUGCGUUUUUCUAUUAUGUCUUUGUAAAUGACACCUCAGCCUGUGGUUUUCUGUUUCCUAAAAGCAGAGUAUCACUGUGUGUGUUUCGUACAGGCGGCUGUGUGCCACCUGCUGCGUGUGCCACCCGCUGCAGGCACUUCCUUUGCCUGGUGAUUGGCUUUUUUUGUCUAAACUGAGUUUCAGCUCUUUGGUUUUGUUUAAACACCAUGUCAAGUGCAAACUUAAAUCCUCCCCAUUUAGCUUUGUUUAUUAAACCGAGGUUCUCAUAAAACUUGUCGCUGAGUGGUGCUCAGGUGGACGGUCAGCAGGGCUGUCGUUUGAACAAGGCGCACCAUGCCGUAGCUGUAAAUAGAACUUUUCUAAGUCACA